AUGUCAGCAGUUCCUGAGGUAAAAGUAGAAACACCUGAAGCCAUUUGUACUGCUAUUACUACUGAUACUAGCGAUACUAUUACUACUACCACUACUGCUAGUACCGCUACUACCGCUACCACGACUAGCACUACUACUAUUGCUACUACUCCUACUACUACUGUUACUACAAUAACUCCUAUUGAUAUGAAAGAAGAAAAGAAAGAUAGUACUGAGAAUCUGAUUCCUUCAUGCAAAAAAUUAGAGGAUCAAGAAAGUGAAGAAUUGCAUUCAGAUUUUGCUGUGAAUUCUGCAACAAUUCCUACUGCUAAGGAAUCGUCAUUGCAAAUAACCAAAGAAAAAGCAGAUUUAGUGCACUCUUCUAAUAGUGGUAUAGCUGAAGAUGGUGCUAUUACAGAUAAUAAAAAUAUUGAUAAAUCUAAAGUUACUCCUAUGUUAAUUUUGGAAACUGAAAAUAACACUGCUGGUAUUACAACUAAUGAAGUUACUGAUUUACAAAAAUUUGCUAAUAAUUUUGACCAAAAUAAAGUAGAUCCUAGCAUGUCUAAUUUAGCUGAGCACAACCUUACGACUAACUCUGGUCAAAUUUUAAAAUCUGAAGUUGCAAUGUCUGCUGGUGAAGUGCCUUCUAAAGGUCGAGCUAAUGACGUUGCAACUACUGUAGAACAGCCUUUACCAUCUGAUGAUGAAAAAGAAAACGAUUUCAAAGAUAAAAGAUUCGGAGGGAUAGGUGACGGUACAGAAAAGGAUAACAAUGAUUCUGAAGAAGAUUAUAAAACAAAAGAGGAUUCUACUUCUAUAGAUGAUAGACAAGCAAGUAGUGAUGAAACAGAUCACUUUGUCGAUGCCAAAUCAUCAUCUCAGGUUGAUGGUGGUUCAGGAGAUGAUACUGUUGAAAUUAGCGACGAAACAAAGGAACAAAUGGAGGAAAUUCAGGAUGAAGAAGGAUAUGAAUACGAGGAAGAGGAGCAAGAAGAAGAAGAACCAGAUGAUGAUGAAGUUGAGGGUAAUCCAGCAUUCAUUCCAAAAUCUGGACGCUAUUAUAUGCAUGAUUCAAGAAAUACUGAUGAAGAGCGUACCCCAGAACCGUCAUCACAUUCUCGGGCAGAUGGAAAGUGGAAGCAUGAUCGUUUUGAUGAGCGUUCACAAAGACCGAAAACUAAGCGAGAAUUAAUGAAUAGAUAUGGUUAUGAUAUACGUAAUGAGGGUAAAAAUACUGGUGGUGGCAGCAUGAAUGCUUCGACAGCACAUACUAAUCAAACUCGAGGUGCAUCUAGAGGUGGCAAUAGUGGUGGUAAUAGCUAUGGAAAUCGAGGUAGACUUUCAAAUCGAGCACUACCACACCAUUCACAACACCAAUCAUAUGAUAAACGUGAUCAUAGGAGACCAGUACAGAAUAGUGGAGCAGGAAGGCCAGCGAAUCGAGGUGGUCGUAAAGGUGAACAUCAUCUUACUACAAUUCAUCAACGAGACCAACGUGGAACUAGAGUUUUCAAGAACUCACCUACGAGCGGCCAGAAAGGUGCUAUAAAUCGUAUAGAUAAUCAUCGAUCAUAUGACCGAAAUGAGGAAUAUUUGCGUGACAAUCGGCAAAAUGGCGGAGGUCACAGAGGACGAAGUGGUACUGGAGCUAACACAGGUGAUGUGUCAACCACGCAUGGUAAAGGUAGUGGGGCACAUACUGGUGGAAAGCGCUAUUCAACCCAACGUUUAGCUACAAAUUAUGCACCGAAUAUACAGCAACUACCCCCACCACAGCCACCACCACCACUUCAGCCAACACCAACAACGGGUCCUAUACCAAUUCCGCCACCUGACUGGCGUCCGCCAGCUUACCAGGGUCCACCACCACCAGCAACCGUGCCACCACCACCCGCUGUGGCACCUCCACCACCACCUAUUGCGAUACCAGCACCAGUACCCAAUUUCCGCCCCAGUGAUAUCGUUUAUUUUGAUCCACAACCCCAACAACUGUAUCGCAGUCCAAUCCCGAUCCCACCACGAACCAAGAAGCGGCUUGAAAUCGUACCACCUUAUCAGGCCAAGAAUUCAAAUUAA